AACAAGACUUGUCAAGGAGACUCUUUUCCUUAUAAGGCUUGUAGAGACGUUCCGGAAAGAAUCUUUUCCUUAUAAGGUUUAUAAAGACGUUCCGGGAACCCUUUUUCCUUAUAAGGCUUGUAGAGACGUUCCGGGAAGACUCGUUUUCUAAUAAGGCUAUAGAAACGUUCCAAGAUGUCAGACUCGCCGCUUCCCGGACAGGUGGAGGAAAAGGAGAUGCAGGAGAUAGAGAAAGGGGCGACCGACGGACCAAUCAGCUCGCCGUCUCAGUCUGACGUCAUCAGCACCAACAACAUCCUCGCCUCAAUGCCCAGUAAGACAAGUCAGUGGUCAGGCAUGUCGUCACACAGACGGGGGCGGUCAGUACGGCACCGGUCAGCGCGGUCGUCGCGGGGCGCCCGGCCGGCGGUUCUGGAUGUCGAAGGUCAGGGUCAGGACGAAGCUGACCUUCUGGCGGAGGAGAUCGCAGAGGGAAAGAUGGCCAUCAGGGAUCUCGCGAAACCCAUGGAGACUAAACGAGAGAUGUUGAGAAAGCUGCAGGGGAAAGGAUUGAAAGGUUUUGGAUGGAGAGUCUCUAUGCAAAGGAGAUGGAAAAAGAGCAAAGAGAACAUGAGCGAUGCUUUCGCCAAGCUGGAGGUGUGGAGGAGUCCUAUGCAUUCAAUAGAGGGAAAGUUUGGGACGGGAAUCUUGUCGUAUUUCCAGUUCAUGCGGUGGCUGCUGUUCCUGAACCUGGUCAUCUUCCUGCUCAUGUUCCUCUUCAUCCUGCUGCCUGCUCUCAUCUUCACCCGGCAGAUCGGCACCGUCACGUCGUCCAACUCUACAAACUCAAGUGCAGUUGACUGUGAGAGUAGAUAUGUGCCUUUCAACGUCAGCUUGUACGAACCAACACGAGACCACAUCAGUGACUACAUCGUUGACGUACUGCAGGGAAAGGGCAUCAUGGAGGACACCCAUCUGUUCUAUGGGUUCUAUGAGAACACGAUUCAGCGGAUCCAGGAAACGGAAGGCUUCACGUUCACGUACAACCUUCCGCUGGCGUACCUCCUAACUUCCCUGUCAUACUUCCUCAUCAGCCUCAUCCUCAUGGUCAGGAAUUCUGCUCAGGGUCUCCAGGAGUCUCUGGUGAGCAGUGAGGACAAGUUCUACACCUACUGCAACAAGGUGUUCGCCGGCUGGGACUUCUGCAUCAACGAUGGGAGAGCAGCCGACCUCAAACACGGCCAGAUCAGAUACGAACUCAAGACCGACCUGGAGGAACAGCGAAUCCUUCAGAAGCAGGCGAAGAGGACGGGCGGGGAGAAAUGCCGACUCUACAGCGUCCGGUUCGUGGUCAACAUCUUCGUGCUGGCCAUCCUGGGAGCCGGCGGAUUCCUCAUCUACUAUGCCAGUACCUUCGCGCUGGAGUGGAAUGCUCAGUAUGGCACCGCCGCGAAUACUGAUGCCUUCCUGAAGCUGCUGGUGACCUACACCCCCUCCCUCACCAUCACCGGCCUCAACAUGAUCGUUCCCAUCAUCUUCGACAAACUGGUCGGCUUCGAGGACUACUCGCCAGAGUUCGAGAUACAGAUGACGCUGCUCAGAACGGUGUUCCUGCGGUUGGCCUCCGUGGCUACUCUGCUCGGCACCCUGUACACGCAGAUUGCGUGCUCAACGUACACCAACGGCGACGCGGAGUGUCGGGUCUGUGACGUGGAAAUCAGGUGUUGGGAGACGUAUGUCGGGCAGGAGAUGUACAAGCUGGUCAUCAUGGAUUUCCUGGUGGGCACUGCCGUCACCUUGUUUGUGGAGUUCCCCAGAAAGUUCAUUGUUUCGCGGUUCAAGGACAAGCUGGAGGACGUGGUCGGCUAUCAGGAGUUCCAGAUCCCGAAGAAUGUUCUGGACAUCGUGUACUCGCAGACGCUCUGCUGGAUCGGAACGUUCUUCGCUCCCAUGCUGCCCGCAAUCUGCGUCAUCAAGACCAUCAUCUUCUUCUACCUGAAAAAGCUUAGCCUGAUGCACAACUGCAUCCCGUCCACCAAGCCGUUCCGCGCCUCCAAGUCUCGCACCUUCUUCAUGGUCAUCCUGCUGGUUUCAUUCCUGCUGUGCAUCAUCCCAGUGGGCAUCGGUAUUGUACAGAUCUACCCCUCUCGGGCAUGUGGACCGUUCCGUUCCCUAAACACAAUGUUCGAGAUUGUGACCCAGACCAUUGCGGGAUGGCCGACUGUGGUGCGAGACAUCUUCUUCUUCCUGGGGUCGGCGGGGUUCCUGGUCCCCGCUGUGCUCAUUCUGUGUUUGCUGCUGUACUACUUCCGUGCUCUCUCUGUUGCACACAAAAAAAUGGUUGCUGUGCUGAAGGAUCAGUUGAUCUUGGAGGGAAAAGACAAGCACUUCCUCCUACAGCGAGUGUACGAGCUCCAAGGAACGACAGACCCCACGCGGGCGAAACAGAACAAGGCGCAGGCCGACAGAAAAGCCGCCGCCACCAAACAAGCGCCGAAUGGCUACAACAACGAGAGUCCACCGCCCAGGGUACCCAGCAGCGCCUGGGACAACGCUAACUCUCAUCCGAACUCCGUCAAUGACGGAUGGUGAAAAUUACUGUCAGAUACAGGAAUCUUUAAGGCAGUUUAGUGUUUGAGCUCCACAUGCACGAGGUCAAAGGUGAUGGCCCCAAACUUGUAAACAACUCUUGUCUAGACCAUGUCAGGACAAGUUUUGUUUAUACAUGUACUUUGAACGGAAUAUUUUCAACAAUUUCACACAGCAAAAUUUGCUGCUCAGGAAAUUUUCGAGAUGCACUCUUCUCGGUUUCAACCAAGUAGAUAUUGUCUUGGAGCUCUGUUGUUAUGUGGCUGCUGAUAUUGGUUAUAUAUCAUGCACAAAAUUAUGUUUAUGUUUCGGGGCCCUCAACUUUGAUGCGAUAAUGCAUCACACCUGGCAUGUGCAGUUCAAACAGUGAACCGGCUUAUUCUGUACAAAUACGUUGAAUUUUAUGUCAACCAUUUUUUUGGUACAUUUGUUUUGUCCGAGUCAGUGAAAAGACUGUAAUGUCGUAUUUGUGCUGCAAUUUCUUUUCUUAAAGACUAAACUUGAAGAAUAAAAUUUAUUCUCCAUUCCAUCCAUUGCAAAUAGUUGUCCAAGUGCCUUUGAACACUUUUCAAUCACAACAUUAACUGUCUAAAAAGCCACAUGAGAAGGGACUGGAGUUUUGCUAUGUACGAGUACAUGACUUGUGUGUACAGUAUUUUUAAGUGCACAACAAGACAAUCACUGUCUAAUAUAGACUAUUGACCAACUUUAUCAAGUCUGUUUAUAAUCCUUUUACUAGGGAGGGAAUGAGAAUUAAGUUUUUAAGCCUUCUUAAUGAUAUUUUGUCUUAAAGUUUGUAAGAUUUUAUU